UAGCCAACUCGAAGCUCAUUUCCAGUUUCGAAUGCUAAAAGCUGGCCAAGACAGGAAGGAUAAGCGAUUUCAACGUCGGAAUCUAUUAUAGCAAAGUUCCUUGGGACAGACACUUCCUACAGCGUGCGGAGUGGGCUCUAAGCUCCUAACAUGAAAACCAGAAAGGUGGUCACUGAGCUUCCAAGGAAAUGAUGUGCGAGGCACUGUCACCUCCAAUCCUGCUCUUCCCAGAGACCAGGAGAGAGCCUACCUGUGCCAACUACACCUAACCAACACGAUGGGCAACUUAGGAAAAUGAGCCCCGGAAAGGCUAGUAUGCAAAAGGUUGCACUAGCCUGCCCGCUCGCAGCUGUCCCCCAGAGUAGAGGAUUCAGGACACUCCUGAUCCUGACACCCACGUCCCAGGAUCACAGCUUCCCGGGUCGGGCGUGGCUCAAAACAGCGCGGAGAACGCCGGGACAAGAAGCCCGCACCUAUGGUAGCCGCGAGCAUGCGCACUGUGCCUUGCGUGCCGAGGGCGGUUCCCCGCGGCGGACGUCGCUACGUAGGCGUCGGAUCCCCGUGGGGAGGAGGGCGAAGACUCCAUCCGCCAUGUUGGAUGCCGCAGAUUCGCCAUAACCUCUCCGGCUCUUUCCCUAAAAAAAUAAAAAUAAAGAGCGAAGUUUCCUCAGGGUGUCCGACCUUCUCGCUCGGCACGGGAGGGAGUCAGGACGAGCCCGAGGCUUUUUUUUCCUCCGCCGUGGGGGCGUUGCCAUGGAGACGCGGGCGGCAGAAAACACAGCCAUCUUCAUGUGUAAAUGCUGUAAUCUUUUCUCACCAAAUCAGUCAGAACUCGUGACCCAUGUUUCUGAGAAGCAUGGAGAAGAAGGGGUCAAUGUGGAUGAUGUCAUCAUUCCUCUCAGGCCUCUGAAUACUCCAGAAAACCCCAACCCAAGCAAGAGUGGAGAUGAGUUUUUGGUUAUGAAGAGAAAGAGGGGCCGGCCUAAGGGUUCCACAAAGAAGCCCAGCACUGAAGAGGAGGUGGUAGAAAACCUCGUGAGUCCUACUGAGGACGGUCCCCUGGCUCCAGAGGAAGGGAGCAGACUGGCCCCUAGCAGCCUGGAGUGUAGCAAGUGCUGCCGGAAGUUCUCCAACACACGCCAGCUGCGCAAGCACAUCUGCAUCAUUGUGCUGAAUCUGGGUGAGGAGGAAGGAGAUGCAGGUAACGAGUCAGACCUUGAUCUAGAAAAGACAUACAAAGAAGAUGAUCGAGAAAAGGCUUCAAAAAGACCCCGGGCUCAGAAAACAGAGAAAGUCCAGAAGAUCUCAGGAAAGGAGGCAGGGCAGCUUUCUGGAACGAAGAAACCCAUCAUCAGCGUGGUCUUAACUGCUCAUGAAGCAAUUCCAGGUGCUACCAAGAUUAUUCCAGUGGAGGCUGGGCCCCCUGAAACAGGAUCACCCCCUCCUGAGACCACUGCAGCAGACCUGGUGCCGAGGAGAGGGUACCAAGAAUAUGCCAUUCAGCAGACCCCAUAUGAGCAGCCCAUGAAGUCAAGCAGGUUAGGUCCCACGCAGCUGAAGAUCUUCACUUGUGAGUACUGCAACAAGGUGUUUAAGUUCAAGCACUCGCUGCAGGCCCACCUCAGGAUCCACACUAACGAGAAGCCAUACAAGUGCUCCCAGUGCAGCUACGCCAGCGCCAUCAAGGCCAACCUCAACGUUCACUUGCGUAAGCACACUGGAGAGAAGUUCUCCUGUGACUACUGCUCCUUCACCUGCCUCAGCAAGGGCCACCUCAAGGUGCACAUCGAGCGGGUACACAAGAAAAUCAAGCAGCAUUGCCGCUUCUGCAAGAAGAAGUACUCAGACGUCAAGAACCUCAUCAAGCACAUCCGGGACAUGCAUGACCCGCAGGACAAGAAGGUCAAGGAGGCCUUAGAUGAGCUACGCCUCAUGACGAGGGAGGGCAAGCGGCAGCUGCUCUAUGACUGCCACAUCUGCGAGCGCAAGUUCAAGAAUGAGCUAGACCGAGACCGCCACAUGCUGGUUCAUGGUGACAAGUGGCCCUUUGCGUGCGAGCUCUGUGGCCAUGGGGCCACUAAGUACCAGGCCUUGGAACUGCAUGUCCGAAAGCACCCCUUUGUGUAUGUCUGUGCUAUCUGUCUCAAGAAGUUUGUCAGCUCCAUCAGACUGCGCUCCCAUAUCCGAGAGGCGCACGGGGCGGCCCAGGAGACCUUGGUCUUUACCAGCUCCAUCAACCAGAGUUUCUGCCUCCUGGAGCCUGGUGGGGACAUCCAGCAGGAAGCCUUGGGGGACCAGCUACAGCUAGCAGCUGAGGAAUUUGUGUGUCCGGAAAUUGAUGUACGCAAGGAGGAGGCUUGUCCUGGGGAAGCUCAGCCUGAGGUGGGACUGAGGGAGUUGGAGGCCCCUGGAGAAGCACAUGCCCCACCUGUGCCCUUGGCCACCCCCCAGAGUGAAAGUGUUUCCCUGUCCCCCUGCAAACUAGAAACCACUGUGGUCUCCUCUGACCUCAACUCUCUUGGAGUGGUUUCAGAUGAUUUUUUACUGAAAAAUGAUACCUCCUCUGCUGAGCCUCGUGGUGCUGCCGAGGCAACCUCGGACACAGAGCAUCAAGACUCAGCUCAGACUCAGGGUGAAGAUGUCACACUGCUGCUGGCCAAGGCCAAAAGUGCUGGACCAGACCCAGAGAGCCCUCCGGGUGGAGGGCAGAAUGUGGUUGCUCUGCCAGCCAGUGACUCUGCCUCUAACAGGUGUCUCAGGGCAAACCCAGCAGAGUCCUCAGACCUCCUUCCUACAGUGGCUGAUGGAGGGGAUGUUGCUGUGUGCCAGCCUGACUCCUGCACACCAUCCUCUGAGCACCACCCUGGCAGCACAGCAUUCAUGAAGGUCCUAGACAGCCUCCAGAAGAAGCAGAUGAACACCAGUCUUUGCGAGCGGAUCCGGAAGGUUUAUGGAGACCUGGAGUGUGAAUACUGCGGCAAACUUUUUUGGUACCAAGUGCAUUUUGACAUGCAUGUCCGCACCCACACCCGGGAACAUCUGUAUUAUUGCUCCCAGUGUCACUAUUCUUCCAUCACCAAAAACUGCCUUAAACGCCAUGUAAUUCAGAAACACAGUAACAUCUUGCUGAAGUGUCCCACUGACGGCUGUGACUACUCGACUCCAGAUAAAUAUAAGCUGCAGGCCCAUCUUAAAGUUCAUACAGAGCUGGACAAAAGGAGUUAUUCUUGUCCUGUAUGUGAAAAAUCUUUUUCAGAAGACCGAUUGAUAAAGUCACAUAUCAAGACUAAUCAUCCAGAGGUCUCCAUGAACACCAUUUCUGAGGUUCUUGGGAGAAGAGUCCAGCUCAAAGGGCUAAUUGGAAAGCGAGCCAUGAAGUGUCCGUAUUGCGAUUUCUAUUUCAUGAAGAAUGGCUCAGACCUUCAGAGGCACAUCUGGGCUCACGAGGGUGUGAAGCCCUUCAAAUGUUCUUUGUGUGAGUAUGCAACUCGUAGCAAGAGCAACCUUAAAGCUCAUAUGAAUCGUCACAGCACUGAGAAGACCCACCUCUGUGACAUGUGUGGCAAGAAAUUCAAAUCCAAAGGGACACUGAAAAGUCAUAAGCUUCUUCACACAUCUGAUGGGAAGCAAUUCAAGUGUACGGUGUGUGACUACACAGCAGCCCAGAAACCUCAGCUGCUGCGACACAUGGAGCAGCAUGCCUCCUUCAAGCCUUUCCGCUGUGCUCACUGUCAUUACUCAUGUAACAUCUCUGGAUCUCUGAAACGACACUACAACAGGAAGCACCCCAACGAGGAGUAUGCCAACGUGGGCAGCGGAGAGCUUGCAGCUGACGCCCUCAUCCAGCAAGGUGGUCUGAAGUGCCCUGUUUGCAGCUUUGUGUAUGGAACCAAAUGGGAGUUCAACAGACACUUGAAGAACAAACAUGGCUUGAAGCCAGCAACAGAGACUCCUGAGGAGCCCUCCACCCAAUAUCUCUACAUCACCGAAGCUGAAGAUGUUCAGGGGACACAAGCAGCUGUGGCCGCACUACAGGACCUGAGAUAUACCUCCGAGAGUGGUGAUCGACUUGACCCUACAGCUGUGAAUAUCCUGCAGCAGAUCAUUGAACUAGGUUCCGAGACCCAUGAUGCUGCUGCUGUGGCCUCCGUGGUUGCCAUGGCACCUGGGACAGUGACUGUUGUAAAGCAGGUCACCGAUGAGGAGCCCAGUUCCAACCACACAGUCAUGAUCCAGGAGACUCUGCAGCAGGCCUCUGUGGAGCUGGCCGAGCAGCACCAUCUGGUGGUGUCCUCUGAUGACGUGGAGGGCAUCGAGACGGUGACAGUGUACACACAGGGUGGGGAGGCCUCAGAGUUCAUCGUGUAUGUGCAAGAGGCUGUACAGCCCAUGGAGGAGCAGGUUGGGGAGCAGCCGGCCCCAGAACUCUAGAGAACCCCUGCCUCCUGUGGCAGCCAGCCUUUGUGGGCCUGGAGAUCACCUAACCCACCAGGCCUAUCCUUGGUCUUCUUGUCUACUGGCCCAGAUAGUGUCCUCUGUAGUGUCCUUUGUGUGGUCAAAGCCAGCACUUCACCAGCAAUACAGAACACCUCAGUACAAAUCACACCCUGACCCAGGACCCUCUGUUUCCAGAAGACCUUUCCAUCAGCUCUCCUGCCCUACCCCUUCCUUGCUUCAAGAUCCAGUGUCUCCUCAGCCCCACCAGCAUCUUCUUUGAUUACAACCCAGCCCUUUCUGUCCCCAAGCCCCACCCCUGGUGCUCAUCCUCCGCCGGGCCCACUGUGCUGUCUGUGAGAGGGAGACAGACAUCACACAGCAAGUGGCCUUAUGUCUUUUGAGUUAACCACUGGGUAGGGUGGGCAGGGCCAUCCAACCAUUCUCCACCGAGCCCCGCCCUCCUCAGUGUAGGGACACUGGGAACAAAUGAGUGACCCACAGUCCUCUAUCACAAGGGCCCAGCUUGGAAUUCUUUUUGCUUUAAAAAUAAAUGUGUUUUCUCUUUCACCCCCUGUUCAGGG